GCCGGCUGCACAACGUGAGGGAUACGCAGGCGGGACAGGCGGCAGGAGCUGCUUCCGGCCUUGGUGGUGGUGUGAAUUGAAAUUCCGUGGCGGAGAGAAGAUGGAGACGAUUCUGGAGCAGCAGCGGCGAUACCACGAGGAGAAGGAAAGGCUCAUGGACGUCAUGGCCAAAGAGAUGCUCACUAAGAAAUCUACGCUCCGGGACCAGAUCAAUUCCGACCACCGCACUCGGGCCAUGCAAGACAGGUAUAUGGAGGUCAGUGGGAACCUGAGGGAUUUAUAUGAUGACAAGGAUGGGUUAAGAAAGGAAGAGCUCAAUGCUAUUUCAGGACCCAAUGAGUUUGCUGAAUUCUAUAACAGACUUAAGCAAAUAAAAGAAUUCCAUCGGAAGCACCCAAAUGAGAUCUGCGUGCCAAUGUCAGUGGAAUUUGAAGAGCUCUUAAAGGCACGAGAGAAUCCAAGUGAAGAGGCACAGAACUUGGUGGAAUUCACAGAUGAAGAAGGAUAUGGUCGUUACCUUGAUCUCCAUGACUGUUACCUCAAGUACAUUAACCUGAAGGCAUCUGAGAAGUUGGAUUAUAUCACAUACUUGUCCAUCUUUGACCAGUUAUUUGACAUUCCUAAAGAAAGGAAGAAUGCAGAAUAUAAGAGGUACCUGGAGAUGCUGCUUGAGUACCUUCAGGAUUACACAGACAGAGUGAAGCCCCUUCAAGAUCAAAAUGAACUUUUUGGGAAGAUUCAGAACGAAUUUGAGAAGAAGUGGGAAAAUGGCACCUUCCCUGGGUGGCCGAAAGAAACAAGCAGUGCCUUGACCCAUGCUGGAGCCCAUCUUGACCUCUCUGCGUUCUCCUCCUGGGAGGAGUUGGCUUCCCUGGGUCUGGACAGAUUGAAAUCUGCACUCUUAGCUUUAGGCCUGAAAUGUGGUGGGACCCUAGAGGAACGAGCCCAGAGGCUGUUCAGCACCAAAGGAAAAUCACUGGAGUCUCUUGACACCUCUCUGUUUGCCAAAAAUCCAAAAACAAAGGGCACUAAGCGAGACACUGAGAGGAACAAAGACAUUGCUUUCCUAGAAGCCCAGAUCUAUGAAUAUGUGGAGAUUCUUGGGGAACAGCGACAACUUACUCAUGAAAAUGUACAACGCAAGCAAGCCAGAACAGGAGAGGAGCGAGAAGAGGAGGAAGAAGAACAGAUUAGUGAGAGUGAAAGUGAAGAUGAAGAGAAUGAGAUCAUUUACAAUCCCAAAAACCUGCCUCUGGGCUGGGAUGGCAAACCCAUUCCCUACUGGCUAUAUAAACUUCAUGGCCUAAAUAUCAACUACAACUGUGAGAUUUGUGGGAACUACACCUACCGAGGACCUAAGGCCUUCCAGCGGCACUUUGCUGAAUGGCGUCAUGCUCAUGGAAUGAGGUGCUUGGGUAUACCCAACACUGCUCAUUUUGCUAAUGUGACACAGAUUGAAGAUGCUGUCUCCUUGUGGGCCAAAUUGAAACUGCAGAAGGCAUCAGAGCGAUGGCAGCCUGACACUGAGGAAGAGUAUGAAGACUCCAGUGGAAAUGUUGUGAACAAGAAGACAUACGAGGAUCUGAAGAGACAAGGACUGCUCUAGUGUUCAGAGAUGUUGCUCAACUUUGGGCUUGCCUAGGCUUCCCCGAGAUCUUUUUCUAUUUCUCCCAACCAAAUGCUCUUAUUAAAGACUCUUUGCUACGUAGUCAUGGUCUAGCAUGAGUCUUGUAGAAACAAGACAUGCUGGCAUAUUGCAGGGUUGACAUGUGUUUUAUCUUCAUUUUAUAUUAAAAAAAAAAAAAAGAUUCUGUGGGAAAAUAAAACCAGCCCUUAUUCUCA